AGGUUAGGCGCGGAGCGCCUCAAUCAAACAACCUACUUAGUUCGUAAUACAAAUCAGUUUUAUCUGAAGUUGGCCAACUAAGCGUAUUAGUUUUAUAUACAUACAUACAUAUAUGUGUGUGUGUGUGUGUGUGUACGCAUGCAGAUAGAAUAAUUUGGUCGUGUAUAUUUACGUCAGAGUGUCGAAGCAGAGAAUAUGUUAACCAAUUUUAUACCGCAUUUGUGAUAUUUUUAACGUAAUUCAAAGAGUAAAUUAAAUAUGUCGUGUAAUAUUUGUCAAACAAAAUUCUCAUUUUUUACUAAAGAAGUUGCUUGUCCAAGUUGUGGUUUUUCGUAUUGCAAUAAGUGCCUCAAAUAUAAAUGUAAUAUUCCAGAUAGAGGAGUGAAAAAGGUUUGCGGACGUUGUUUCAGUAAAUAUAAUUUGACAAAAAACUCAAACUCCGAUAAAAAUAUGGACACGUCGGACGAACACGAAGAAUUUCUGGCUCCCGUGGAUAUUACAAAAAAACUAGAUUCUUUGGAAAAUCCGGCAAAGCCUCCUAUCGUAAUGUAUAAACACACGAAUCAUUGGGACAAGUUCAAGAAAGGUUUAGAGCCUGCCGAUCAAGAAAUAGUGGAUAGAUUGCGUAAAUUGAAAGAAGAAGACAAGUCGACCGCUUUAAGCGUGGACGAAAUAAAGAGGAGAUUAGCUUUGUUAAAGGACGAAGAUCCAGACGCUGGUAGUCAGAAAACGAACAUAAAUCAAGUGGAUACUAGAACGGAUCAACAGAAAGCGGACGACUUGAUACAGGAAUAUCUGGAACAAUUAGAAUUGUCUUCGAGUAGCGAUUCCAUUUCCGAAAUGCAAGCGAGAUUAAGAUCGCUGCAGGGUAUCGCUGAUAAACCCCAUAUGCAUUCCAACAAAAACCUAGACGACGACGAUGACGAAGAAAGGCACGUAUCAAAAAAAUUAAUCGCGAAGGCUUUAGCCGAAGCAGAAUUAGAGAAGAGGUACGAAGAGGAUGUAGACGAGUUAGAAGAAAUGGAAGUGGAGGAAGCAAAAUGUAUGGACGACGAAGAUGAGAAACCUUCUUGCGUGAUGUGCGAACAAACGGAAAAUCUGGAACGAUGUUUCGGCUGUCAUGGUGAUCUUUAUUGUCCGGUUUGUUACGAGGAUAAUCACGACGAUUUUGAAAUGCGGAAGCAUAAAAGAGAGCCAGCUACAAAGUCAAAUGUUCAUUGAAUAGAAUCGAUAGAAAUUGGAAGAAACCGCUUAUGAUCGCAUUUUAUCGAUGAGACCACAUUCUGCUUACGAAUAGUAUUAUAAUUUGCGAUUUUGAUGUUACACGGUCACACUGAUUCAUUGGAAAAGAAAGAAUCGAAAGUAAUAUAGAGACAUAACGAACGACACACGGUUGUAAGAUUAAAGUUGAAAUUGUGAUGUACUCUGAUGUAGAAAUUAUUCUCUGCUUUAUGUAACGAAGGGGAUAGCCUUAUAAAUAUUAUUAAUUUCAUGUAUUUAGUAAUAAAUAUAUGUAUAUGUUUUUGCUAAGAAACAUUCGCCAAGAAGAUUUAUUACGAAGAAAUUUUUCGUUCGAAUUCGAAAUACUCGAGCGUAUCGUGUAUCACUUUGCACAGAAUGCACCGUAAAAGAAGUAACUUUCAGAGAAUCGUUUCUAGAUAUACAUUCAGGCUAUUAUAACGUUGGUUCGAACGGCACGUCUUAACUUAACGAUUACUUAACGGCACAUCGUAGAUGUCAGCAAAGACAACUACCGACAAGUAUUUCUCCCUGGCGGUAGGUGAUCGGCGUCGCGACGCAAAAACCUCGGUCGAAGCGGGUCUGCUGCUAUUUUUAGGUGACUCGUACGCAUUCGCUGUGCCAAGUUUUCGACGACGACGUUCGUUUCGGUUACCAACGAACAAACUAUUUGUCUUAUUUCACGGCAGUUUUUUAAAACGAAGGUUUUUCAUCGCAGUAAGCAGUUUGAAAAUAUGGGUAAAGUAAAAUGAAAGUAAUCUACGAGGCAACGAACUUGAAAAUUUGUCUGCGUCAGUAGCGGGAACUACGUUCGCGCAAACAGAAGAUGCAUACAGAAUUUAAAUUACUUCCAUCCGAAAUACGUAUUGAUAAUUUGCAGGAUGAUUGUCGACUAGCGAUAAAAAAUAUCUUUGAUUAAAUUCUAUUUUUACUUUAUAGCCGUUACUUUAUAGCUGCUUUAUAAAAAUUAUUUAAAUUUCUUUCUUAGUGGAUCGUAUUUAAUUUUGGCAAUAAUACUUCAAGGAGAUUUAUCCAAGUUUUACGGCUGCAAACAAUUGGUUUGGCAGUGCGAACAAGGCGUAGACACGUAGCGGAUGUUUUUGUUAACAGGUCAUUGAUACCCGGAAUCUCGUUAACACUCGAAAUUGCAAUUGUUCGAAAGAAAGCAUUUUUCUCCUCGGUUGUUUGCCACUUUCUCCAAAGAUGAUGCACGCAUAUAGUCGAAUGUACAUGUACAUAUCGUUUUAAUGAAUAUUAUUCGAGUCCGAACGAAAGCGAUAUUCAGUCUCUUCUUACAAACUGUUCGAUUCUUAAUUGGAUAUAAAAUAUGUAAAAUACAUAAAUUAUGAAUUUCGUAGGAAGAGAAAUUUGAAGCGUUUCAAGAGUCGAAAAGAAAGAACACGUCUUGUUGUUAAACGUGUUUCGAAUUCGUGAGAAUUUUCAGACGAUGACAUUUUUCUGUCGUUUUAUCGCACUGGACCAAAGCCAAACACUAUUUCUCGACAUUGAGGUUCGUCUCUCUCGCAUUUUCCUCGAACGAAUUUUUCUUUUACGCUUAAAUCCAAAUUAAUAACUAAUGUAAAACUAGUGUAAAAAUAAAGGAUACGGAGGAAACAGGAAUAUAUUGAACAGCCAGUGUUUGACGAUUCAAAGGACCAUACCGUGUAUUUUCAAUCGAAUCCGUUUCUUCGUAAAAUAAUUACAGUA